AUGGUUAUGUAUUACAUUCGAGCUUAUUCAAUGCUUCACGGUUUUAAACGUUUCCCAACCCGUAUUUUUGUAAGGCAACUUUUUGGGAAUGCUAAAGAACGACAAGAAAAGAGAGACAAAAUGUGAGUGAUUUCACUGAUUUGUUUGUAAACUAAACUAUAAAACUUGAAUUUUAUAAACUCACUCUGUCAAAUCCGUACCGGCGUACCCCCACUUCACCAAAAAAAACACCUCUGGAAUUUUUAUCAAUACUAGUACUUUUAUACCACCCAAAAUUCCCUUCUGUAGUUUGGCCGAGCUAAGAAAAGGCUAUCUUUCUGAUUUAAAAGGUAUUGAAAACUAAAGACCAUAGUGCGUGUAUAUAGUAGCAUAUUUUUAAAUAUUUUACUAACCAAUAAAUCAUAAGAGCACCUACAACAAAAAAUGUGUACUAAAAUUUGAUCUUACAGAAGUUAAAGCUACUGGUGGAAAGCGAUAUUUGGCGUUGAGUGAACCCUUCAUUAGAGAGGUGCGAAUAUGCACAUCAAUUAUAUUUAGACAACCUUGAUGACUGGAUUAGCAAAUUUCACUAGAAAUGUGUAUUUCAUAUGAAUUUUUAGGAAUCCAGCGCCUUGCCAACUAUUCAGGGAGUUACAGUUGCAGGACAUUCAGUAAUACUUCCUCAAGAUACAUUAGGCAAUGUCACGUUACUAUUGUUGUGGACACGAGAACAUGGACAGGUGAACAGAAAAUUCAAAAUGUUUGAACAAAUAUUCCUCUCAGACAUCUGUUUUCAUGGCUUAUCGUCUCCUGCUUUAUGAUUAUGAUAGUGAAACUAGAUAAAUUAAUUUAUCAACAGUUUAAUAAUAGUCAUAAUAUACAAACAAUAAUGAAAUAUUCCAAUUUUUAAUAGAAAUCCUGCGACAUUUAUCGAAACACCUUUUCGGAGAAAUUUAGAACUAAUAGGAACACUAAAUAUUAUGAGGUAAGCUGACUAAACUACAUUUUAUAUUUUACAUCUUUAUAAUCACUAUAAUUAUCUUUUCUUGUUAUCGUUUAAUAAUUUUAUAAUUUUUACCCACAGGUGAGUUUAAUUGACAGCUGGUUAUUUAGAGUGAUGAGGUCAUUCAUCAACAAUAAUCUACGAAAACAAAUUCCCUCAGAUCGUCAGGAAAACUUCUUAUGUUGUUACGAGGGAACAGAAGUCGUGAAAACGCUUUUCGAGAACACGCUGGUUGGGCAUGCCGUUUUGCUCGACCAGGCUGGCUUCGUAAGGUGGAAGGCUCAUGGCCCACCGACCGAUGAAGAAUUAUCAUAUUUAGUAAAAUGUACAAACAGUUUAUGUAAUGAAAUAAAAGAAUAG